AUCAGGAAUAGUUGAAUAACCGGAUGACAGCCGAACGUUGCCAUGGUAACCUGGAGAUCAACAAACAACAUUCCAGAGGGGCGGUAAAGACGUAGCGGGGCUCGACUGUUGCUGUCAUUCGCAAGUACAACACUAGACAAGCACCAAUGGCAGAAAGACCCGUGACCCGAGGCAGGGAAGGCACGGAAAGGCCACUCUCCCGCUCAGUCAUCAUGGACCGGCCAGACACUCGUCACUCCUCUGCCUUUGGUGACAGGCCUACCACUCGCAUGAGUGAGGGCAUGAGCCGCCCUACCACCUCAGGCCGCCCAGUCACAGCCCGUCCUGUGAGUGCUGCACUGCGGGGGGCACCAGGCACAGCCUCUCGGCUCCUUUCCACUGCCAGUCUACAACGGCCUGGCACUCGCACUGGUGUGGCCACUGGCAUAGGCUUCACCACACCUAUCAAUGUGCUGGACCGACCCAUCACUCAGCAGGGCCUUAGUGGCAUGAAGACAGGCUUCCGAGGACCAGAGCGUCAGGUUCAGGACAAGAGUUACUUUUUGGGAUUGUUGAGGACACGGAUUGCAGAGCUGGGAACAGAAAUGGGACGGCUGGGCUCUGAGAUUGAACUCAUGAAGCAGGAACAGAGCACUUUCCUCACCUAUGACAAGAGAGUCAAAGAGAUGGCUCAGGAGCUUACCGAGUUGCAAGGAGGACUGGCUGACUACAACCUUCUUGUGGAUCUCAUCAACACUGAUACUGAGCGUGAUGAGGUAGAUAUGGAGACCAAGGAGCGGCGCCAAUCCAACCAGGAGGAGGCUGAGAAGUUGGAUGUUCUAUUUACUCGCAAGCAAGACCUUGAGGCCACCAUGAGGCAGCUUGAGAAUGAAAUUGAGGAGGAACGUCAUGCAGGAGAAAGUCUAGUGGAGGCCAUGCAGCCAAACCUACGCCAGAAGUACCUGAAUGUGCGUGCUGCCAACACAUCCCUCCUUCAGCACCUUGACAUCAUGCAACAUGAACUGGAUUCCCUUGAUGCCCGCAAGGCUGCACUUGAAGAUGAACUGGCUACUUCCAAGGUGAAGCAGGAGGCAGUGGUGCUGUAUGGUCGGUUGGCAGAGCUACAGGAGAAGAAAAAUGAGAUAAUAACACAGAACCAGCAAAGAGGCACCCCUAAGGAGGAGAGGGAAAGACUUCUGCAGCAGGUUAAAGAGGAUAACUCUGAAAUUGCCACAAUGGAGCGACAAAUAAGUGAAGUACAGGAGCAGAUUCGGCAGCUACAGGAUGAAUGUCAGCAACUGGACCAGGAACUGGAUGAGAACAAGAGCGAAAGAAGUCAGAAAUACCGAGAACUAAGGAAAAGAGAGGAAACAAUGGACAACUUUCUGGCCACCUUUGAAGCAAGCAAGAAGGAGGAGUUGAGUCGCCUGGAGGUACUGGAGAAUAACAAUGUGGCUCUUCUGGGAAAGCUCUCACGACACCUGGCCCACUUAAAACAACUACCAAGCUCCAGUGAGUUUGAAAUCAUGAGGUCUGAUCUGGCCUUUAAAGAAGGUGAGUUGGAGAAGUCCAAGUUCACAGAGGAGGGUCUCAAGAGUGAGAACCUCAACCUCCAGGCCAACCUCCAAAAGAUAGAGGCACUGGAGACAAAAGUGCAGAAAGAAAUGGAGGAUCUAAAGGAAAAACUGGCCAAGAUGACCCAAGAGAUAAAUGAGUAUUCUGACUUAGAUGGACUGAAAGCCAGAGCUGAUGAGCGGCGUAGACAGUUGGCACAGGAAAAAGAGCAACUAGAAACCAAGAAAACUUCCAUUACACAGUCUUUGCGGGAAAUAAAUACUGCAGUGUCUACUCUUAAGAACCAGUUACAUGAAAAUGAGACUCAUACACAAUUAACCAACCUAGAAAAGAAAUGGAGUCAUCUGGAACAAACUAACUUCAGCCUGCGUGAGUUUGUGGCACAACGCAGGGCAGAGUCCAAUUAUUUGCCAGUGAAGACUCAAGCCAUGAAGUUAGUGCAAGAAUACAACCAUGCUCUACAAGAAGUGGUGUUGAGUGGAUCCUCCCUUACAUGAAUUUUUGUGUUCUGUAAGUUAUUUGUGAAAUUUUGAGUUGAAAAUGAUGACACUUUUUGAAGAUGUGGUGCUAUGGGUAUUUGCAAUUGUACAUGGUAAUUUGUUUAUGUAAACAGAAACACAGCACAGGUGGUGCAACAUAGAAUUUAAUGUUUUUUUGCUGGAGUAGUUGUCUAAGAGACAAGAAUGUUAGUGACAUUACUAUAUUACUAAAGAAAUUGUUAUCACAUUGAAAGAAUACUGUCACUUUUCAUAAUUAGAUUUCACAAAGAAAACAGUUUUUUCUUUGAUUGUAUAUGCUCUGUUGAACUGCAAUAAACAUCCAGUCUCUGCCAGCAAAAAUAAAUGGCUAUUAGUAAUGGUGCCUCCCUCCUGUGAGUGUUAUAUAUGAAGUCCACAUGGUGUGGUAUUAACUCUGAUUCAAGAGAUUGCCACUCAGUUAUCACAAUCAUGCAGCCAUUGCUUUUCAUCUACUAGUAUCUACUAUUCAUUAUUCACAUUUAAAAGAAAAAGCUCUCUAUAUGGUUAAUCACCCAGGUUGACAGCACCACAAAAUGUUGCAAAGUGGUGGGUGAUGGGAUCACCAUGUCUCCACACUAAAGAUGUGAAGGAAUGCCAAUGAAUGUGGUCAUGAAGUAUGCAUAUAGACCAACUGUUUUAUCUUUUCAUCUCUUAAAGGUGAUGCUGACUUGGUAUACAGAGACAUAGAUAGAAAAUUAAAUAGUGAAGUUAUUACUUAUGAAUUAUGAUAAAUUUUCAUUAUCAUAGGACCAAGCACUUGCAGGUAUGAGAAACUGUAACGAUAAUGACAAUGAAAAUUAUCUCCCUAUUCAGUCAUGAUUAUUUAUAAGACUUUUAAAACCAAUUUUUUCUAAAAUGAAUAAAUUAAAGUGAAAAUAAUAAA